GCUGAUAGCUUUCUACAACAUCCCACCUGGUACCAUCUUUCCACCUCCUUCUCCAGGAGUCUCCUGAGGUUUGGAUAGGAUGUAUAGAUGUUCGAUUUGAUUCGGGCUGGGCAUUCAAAAGCACUUGGACCAGUUGAGUCUCUGCAGUAACCAUUGCCUGUUAUAAAAAGAGAAACAUCACUGACCAAAGAUGACUGCUGCACUAAUGGAGGGGCAUAAACACAGAUACUCAGAAGGCAGUUAGACAGACACACGUCAUUUAGCAAAAGAACAGCAGCAGCUUUUCAUCAAGUCUAAUGUCUCCUCAGCCAUGGGCUUUUGUUCAGGCUUACAGAACCAGGCACCAAUUCCCUCCUGUGGAAUGGCCCACGACUCCAAUCAGAAAAUAAUUGUACUUUUACGCUGGUUGUACCUGUAAUAGUUUCAUCAGUGGGCACAUCAGGCUUGACAUGUUGAUACUGCAACCUUCAGGAUCCCCAGCCAAGUGGGACCAUUGGUCACAAUUUCCCCUAAGCCGCUUGCAUAGUGCCUGCCAGAACUAUGAAAGCCAGCCAGGAGGAGGAGGGGCCAGUUCAACGCCAUAUUGAUUUCUCCAUGUCCUUCCACCAAGGCAUGUGUGAAGCCACCAAGUUUCUCACUGAAGCUCUUCAGUCUGUCACUGAAUUAGAGCUUGAAGAGACCCUAGAAAAGAUCAUCGAUGCAGUUGAAAAGCAGCCCUUGUCAUCAAACAUGAUUGAACGAUCCGUAGUGGAAACAGCGGUCCAGGAGUGCAGCCAGUCGGUGGAUGAGACCAUAGAGCAUAUUUUCAAUAUCAUUGGCGCUUUUGAUAUUCCACAUUUUUUGUACAAUUCGGAAAGAAAAAAAUUUCUUCCUCUAUCAAUGACUAAUCAUGCUGCACCAACCUUAUUUGGAACAGCAAGAGAUAAAGCCGAGCUGUAUCGUGAACGAUAUACUAUUUUACACCAGAGGACACACAGACACGAAUUAUUUACCCCUCCGGUGAUAGGCUCACACCCUGAGGAAAGCGGGAGCAAAUUCCAGCUUAAAACAAUAGAAACUUUACUGGGUAGUACAAGCAAAGUUGGCGACGUGAUUGUCCUUGGAAUGAUAACCCAGUUGAAAGAGGGGAAGUUUUUCCUGGAAGAUCCCACCGGAACAGUACAGCUGGAUCUUAGUAAAGCUCAGUUCCACAGUGGCCUGUACACCGAGGCAUGCUUUGUCCUGGCUGAAGGUUGGUUUGAAGAUCAAGUGUUUCAUGUCAAUGCCUUUGGAUUCCCACCCACUGAGCCCGCUAGUACAACAAGGGCGUACUAUGGAAAUAUUAAUUUUUUUGGAGGGCCUUCUAAUGCAUCAGUGAAGACUUCUGCGAAACUGAGACAGCUGGAAGAUGAGAACAAGGACGCCAUGUUUGUGUUUGUGUCUGAUGUUUGGUUGGACCAAGUGCAAGUGUUGGAGAAGCUUCACAUAAUGUUUUCCGGUUAUUCCCCGGCUCCUCCAACCUGCUUCAUUCUCUGUGGUAAUUUCUCAUCUGCACCAUAUGGAAAAAAUCAAGUUCAGACUUUGAAAGACUCCCUAAAGUCUUUGGCAGACAUAAUAUGUGAAUACCCAAGUAUCCACCAAAGUAGCCGUUUUGUGUUUGUGCCUGGUCCGGAGGACCCUGGGUUUGGUUCCAUCUUACCAAGGCCGCCACUUGCUGAAAGCAUCACGAAGGAAUUCAGACAAAGGGUACCUUUCUCAGUUUUCACUACUAAUCCUUGCAGAAUUCAGUAUUGUACACAAGAAAUUAUUGUCUUUCGUGAAGACUUAGUGAAUAAAAUGUGUCGAAACUGUGUCCGUUUUCCUAGUAGCAGUUUGGAUAUUCCUACUCAUUUUGUAAAGACUGUCUUAUCUCAGGGACAUCUGACUCCUCUGCCUCUUUAUGUCUGCCCCGUCCACUGGGCAUAUGAUUAUACUCUGAGAGUGUACCCUGUGCCUGAUCUGCUGGUCAUUGCAGACAAGUAUGAUCCCUUCACCGUGACCAACACUGAGUGCCUCUGCAUAAACCCUGUAAGGAUGCCAUGGAUGGGCAAGAGUAUAGCACAUUUUUCUUUCUCUUCUCUAAUUUUGCAAAUUACCUUGUGUGUCGUUUGUGUGUGUGUGGUAGCGUGUAUACCAUGGUGAGAGUCAGUUCUCUCCUUCACCAUGUGGGUCCCAAAGAUGGAACCAAGGCUGUCGGGCUCAGCAGCAAGUACCUUACCUGUUCAGCCACUUUGCACCCUAUAGCACAUCUCUAUGACUUUAUGAGAGAAUAAAAUCAUCACUGUGAUUAAAUACAUAGUUAAGCACUGAUAUAAUUUGGUAUACAUAGAAGAUUCCUAAACUCUUGGUUUGUGAUAUAACUAUAAUGUAUUGUAGUUUUUUGUCCGUCCGUCCCCGCUCCCCCCCCCAAGACAUUUCAAGAGGUUUCUCUGUGUAUCCCUGGAUGUCCUAGAACUCAUUCUGUAGAUCAGACUGGCCUCGAA